AUAUAGUAUGGCUUGCAAAUAAGACAUUUUAUGUGUUUUUCAUCAACUAUUUGAGUUAUGGACUCCAAACAUGGAAGUAAAAUCCAUGACAAGCAUUCAAGAAGAAAUGCAAAGGCAAAUGGAAAUAAAGGUGAUGUUCUUGUUGCGCAAGAUUUAACUGCAAAUGUUGAAUACGAAAAGGGUAAUAUCAGGCAUGCAAGAAGAGAUCUAGAGUCCACUGUAAGUCCAAGCAUAUUUACCCCCACCAAAAAGUUGAAGUCUUCCUCUCCUGGCUCUCCUUCUUCACCGGAUUAUUCAUCGGAAGGUUUCAUCCAAGAUGAUUCAAAAAUGAUUUUUAAGUCUAUGACAUCCACUGCUGCAGCCCCCAAUGUUGUUCACCCUUUGCCUAAAUAUUACAAAAUUGAUGUUUCCGAUGACAUCUUUUCUAAAUCAGAACAUGAUAGUGGAUCAUUUUCAUGUUGUACCUCACAAGUUUCUGAUGUCACCCAUGAAUCUCUAUUGCAUAGCACAUCAAUGACAGAAUCACCUCAUAUCCAAGUUAUGGAAGGACAUGCUGAUUUUGUCUCUAAUAGGAUAUCACCUUCUAUUUUUGCUAGUAAAUCUCCUACACCAACAGAAUGGAGUAUUACUUCUAAUGAGUCCUUAUUCAGCAUUCACAUUGGCAACACUAGUUUCACUAGGGAUCAAAUUCUUAAGUUCAGUGGAGAACUCUGCAAGUCUGGAGAAUUACAGAAGUUUGAAGAAUCAUACAAGUCUAGUGAGUUGUUUAGUUUGAGUUCACCACCUCCAGCUAUACGGGAAAGGGAGAGUGAGAGAAAGAAUAUGAACAUUGGACAAAACUUUAGAGAAAUAGGAGUAGUUGAUCAAAAAAUUAAGGAUACUCCAAUGGAAGUGACCAAUGAUCAAUGCAAAGAAAAGCUACCUACUCAAGAUCUUCCGGUCAAUCGACAUAAUGGAACCUACAUCCAAUCACUUACCUUUCCAAACCAUUUUUGCACCAUUCUCGAGAUAGCAGAUGAUAUUCAAGGCGGUGGGGUUCCCCCGGAGAUAGAUAUGGACCCAGAGGCCGAGCUCUUGCCGCUUCACAUCUGGCAAUUCUAUCCGGCGGCCUACAGACCGGCGAUUCAUGUGCUGCCUCCUGAUGGACUUCGCCAGUUUAAGAGUUUUGACAGGAGGGUGCCCCUAGAGCUGCUUCUGCGCGAGCCAGAGACGCACCUUUCACAUGGCGCUUCUAAGUUGUGGGUCUACGCCUACUUUCCGUGGCUUGCGCCGGUGCCCGACGAGGAGACUCCCCUCGGCGUUCCAUUCUCUCGACGCUUCGAUAUGAGAUGCGCGCGGAGACCCCGGGAGACGUUCAUAUUCUUCCGCCGCUACUUCGAAACCAUUACUGCCGCAGAGAUCACCUAG